UAAAAAGAAGAAUCGUGGGGAGCAUUCAUUAAGCUGCUUACUAUGACUUCUUCUUCUUCUACUACUAACAACAACUUCAUGCCCUCCAAAUCCUUCCUCUCCAGUGCCGACAAUCCCAAGAAUUAUAAACUAAUCAAAUCCUGUUCUUAUAAUAAUACACUAAAACGAAACGACUUUUAAAAUCUCUGGUAAUUAAACACCCAAAACUUCUCUUCUUGAUCCUGUCUUCAAAUCCCGACAUUUACAGAAGCAAUCAUUGAACACGAGUCACGCCCAAUGUCGUAGAACAAGUUUUUUAAAUACUUCACACCAUCCUUUCUCUAACCUUCAUUCAUAUCUCUCUGCAUUAGCGAGUAGACUGUUUCGAGAGUUUUCUUGCAGCACAAGAAAGGAAAAAGCUUUUGUGUAACUUAAUAGACUAAAAAGACUAUGACAGAGAAAGAUCUACUUUACGAUACAAUACUUGCUCGUAGCUUUAGCAAAAACGAGCAGAAGAGACUUGGCUAUGGAGCUUUCAUUGCCUCUCUUCUCUUCGUCUUCACUCUUUGCACUGUCUUUAAACCUUUUCUCAGCCCUCUACCAAUCGUGGAGUUGCAAUUAUCAGUGGACGCUGGUCUCAGGAUGCUGAGAGUAACAGAAUCGCAGAAACCGCAAGCGUUAAGGAGCAGCAACGAUGUAACAUCUGGAGAUUCUGAGAAACUCGCUAUUCCUACGAAUCAAGAUAAUAAUAUUACGUCAAAUGCAACAACUACUCCGACCUUAAUCAGUUCUGAAGAUAACAAUCUUAGUGUCUCCAACGAGACAAGCUUGCCCAACAAUCAUUUUGAUUCGUUCAACUGUACUACUAACGCUACAAUCUCCAAAGAACAAGCCAUUUCAGGUGAAUUUUCAAAGGGAGAUAUAAUGGAGGAAACCAUGAAACCUAUCUGUAACAAGCUAGCAAGAACAGAGUUCUGUGAACUAAGCGGCGACGUGAGAAUCCACGGCAAAUCCGCGACGGUUCUUGCCGCGAUCACGUCUGCGUUUUCGGGAAACUCCACGUGGCAAGUGAAACCUUACGCGAGAAAAGGUGACGUUGCGGCGAUGAAUAGAGUGAGAGAAUGGACGGUGAAAUUAACACAAAACGCUGACCAAUUAGAGAACGCUAGUUUCUCGCGUUGCGUUAAAAGCCACAGCGUCCCGGCGGUGCUUUUCUCUCUCGGAGGCUACUCGAUGAACAAUUUCCACGAUUUCACCGACAUCGUGAUUCCUCUGUACACGACGGCUCGUAGAUUCAACGGAGAAGUCCAGUUCCUCGUGACGAACAAGAAUCCGUCGUGGAUCAACAAAUUUAAGGAAACAGUGAGGAGUCUGUCGAAUUACGAUGUGAUUUACAUCGACGAAGAAGACGAAACGCACUGUUUCAGCAGCGUCAUCGUCGGUCUCCAUCGCCACCCUGAGUAUUUCAAAGAGCUCACGAUCGAUCCUUCGAAUUCGGAGUAUUCCAUGUCCGAUUUCCGGAGAUUCCUAAGAGAUACAUACUCGUUGAGAAACGCUGCCGUGACUACGAGGCAGAGUCGGCGGCGGAGGCCAAGGAUCCUGAUUUUGUCGAGGGGGAGAUCGCGAGCAUUCGUGAACGCCGGCGAGAUCGCGAGAGCGGCGAGACAAGUAGGAUUCAAAGUCGUGGUGGCGGAAGCGAACACCGGCGUCGCGAGUUUCGCCCAAACCGUGAAUUCCUGCGACGUGAUGCUCGGCGUUCACGGCGCCGGGCUUACGAACAUGGUGUUCUUGCCGGAGAACGCGGUCGUGAUUCAGAUUCUUCCGAUCGGUGGAUUCGAGUGGCUCGCGAAGACGGAUUUCGAGGAUCCUUCGAAGGGAAUGAAUCUAAGGUAUUUGGAAUACAAGAUCGCGCCGGAGGAGAGCACGCUGGUGCGGCAGUACGGGCGCGAUCACGAGAUCGUGAGAGAUCCAUCGGCGGUUGCGAAACGCGGGUGGGAAAUGUUCAAGUCGGUUUACUUGGUACAGCAGAACGUGAGUGUUGAUAUAAACCGGUUGAAGCCGGUUCUUGUUAAAGCUUUUGAGUUAUUGCGGAGGCAGUAGUAGGUGUAAAAUAAAUAUUUACUCCAUUCGUAUACUGUAAAUUAUCAACUUCUUGUAGUUGGAUUGGAAUAUAUAUUAUCAAACACGAAAAUGAAAUUUUAUCGAUCUGAUCUGUAUAAGACAAAAAAAACAGAAAUGUCAAAUGAAAUUAUGAAA